AUGAAGAGUAGGCUUGCUGGGACCAUCACUAAAAAGAAAAAGAAUGUGGUGCUUGGUGUUUUAAAAGAUGUUCCAGCUUGGGCUGGAAGACAAUUGCUGGAGGGUGGGGAGAAUCGUCGAUAUUUUGCCUUGAAAACGAUUGCAAGGGGGGUUAUAGAAUUCGAAAUUCGAAGACCCCCACAACCAGAUGAUAGUAAGGCCUACUCCUGGCCGUCUAUUCUCUUCGACCUUCCUCCAGUUAGAACCCACCAUUUCACCCAUCAGUUCAGGGACUCUCCAAAUCAUAAUUUCCUCAAGGGCGUCAAAUGGUCUACGGAUGGCUCGUGUUUCCUCACAAGUUCUGAAGAUAACAUCUUUCGGUUGUUCUCCUCACCAGAUAAUGGAAGUUACUAUCCGGAAGAUAUUUGGUCUUUAGCUGUGGACACAGCUUCAGAUUCUUAUUUGGCAAACCUAAGUAUUAAUGAGGGAGAAUCAGCAUAUGACUUCUGCUGGUACCCAUUCAUGUCUGCUUCAGAUCCAGUUACCUGUGUAUUUGCAUCGACUUCUAGAGACCAUCCUAUCCAUCUUUGGGAUGCUACUACAGGCCAGUUGCGUUGCACCUAUCGGGCUUAUGAUGCAAUGGAUGAAAUAACUGCAGCCUUUUCGAUUGGAUUUAAUCCUGCUGGGACCAAGAUAUAUGCUGGGUACAACAAAUUUCUCAGAGUAUUUGAUAUUCAUCGUCCUGGAAGAGAAUUUGGACAGCAUUCGACCACUCAAGGGAAAAAAGAAGGACAAUCAGGUGUUAUAUCAGCAAUUGCUUUCUCUCCUAGUGAUAAUGGAAUGUUUGCUACUGGAUGCUACAACCAAACUACUGCGAUCUAUAGUGAAAACAAUAUGGAACUUCUGUAUAUUUUACAUGGCCAGGAGGGUGGGGUUACACAUGUUCAAUUCUCAAAAGAUGGAAACUAUCUAUAUACUGGUGGGAGGAAGGACCCAUAUAUAUUAUGCUGGGACUUGCGGAAGACUGUUGAUGUUGUAUACAAGUUAUAUCGAUCAACAGAUGAUACAAAUCAGAGAAUACAGUUCGAUAUAGAUCCCUUAGGUCAACAUCUUGCUACAGGUGGUCAGGACGGACUUGUUCAUGUUUAUAAUCUUCAAACUGGACAAUGGGUUUCAAGCUUCCAAGCUGCAAGUGACACUGUUAAUGGAUUCAGCUUUCAUCCAUUUCUUCCAAUGGGAGUUACUUCAUCAGGGCAACGAAGAUAUGGUGUUAUUGAGGAGUCCGACUCGUCUGAUGAAGUGCGAUUAAGAGGCGAUGAAAACUGUGCUUCUGUUUGGGCAUUCUCUUACAAUGUGGAGACCUCAGCCGUCAAAGAGACUAGUGAUAAAGAAUUGCAAUCCAAUCAAAACGACGACGAUACUUACCAAGAAGAUCCAUAGCCUCCUCCUAUCCCUUGUUAAAUUAUGUUACAAUGUCAUUAUCGAGAUAUUAGAACACGAUCAAAUUAUAUUAACUUAAAAAUGAUUGACGAUUUUAAAGUG